UCCUCUCCAUCUCUCAGUCCUCCUGAGAAGUGCUAUGUUGUUUUGUGUCAGAGCUGAAACUGGAAGCGCACUGCCGAUUUUAAUCCAUUCUCCACGAAGCUUCAACGUCUGUGCCCGCAAACUUACGUGAUGUUUGCUAACUUACACGUAGGCUUUAAUUUAUUAAGUUUAAUUGCCAUGGCUAAACGAUCACUUUUAUUUUUAUAUAUUUUCCAAGGACUACUCCCCCUCAGCUUUGGGCAGCAGCGCACGGUUGGCCCCUGGCGGCACCGGAUUCAAUGGGAGAACAACGGGCAGGUUUACAGUUUAAUGAGCACUGGGCUGGAGUACCAGGCUCCGUAUCGGUCCACCAGCCAGUCGAGGGUUUACGUGAGCAGUCGGAGGGAUGGUACCGGGACCCAGAUGUCUGGAGCGCGCAGAAGAAUGACGCUUGUGAGAACCGGACCAAAUGAAUCCAGACAGUUCAGGACUGAUAACAGUGCACAGUCGGGACUUCUCACACCUGGACACGAUGUUAGACCGUAUGCGCCGGUGAAUCGUCAUGCGUCAGGGUUCGGACAGCGACUUGAACGCCCUACAGCAGCAGUUGUAAGACAUCCAGGCGCACGCCAUUUUAAUGGUGAAUUCACCAGAACCACGAACGCCUCUUCACCGGGGAGUUCAACAGAUUUUUCUGGCGGUAAUGGAGGUUCUGUCACUGUGGAUAAUACCGCACUACAUACUAGAAUAGGUGAAUCCGGACCUGGUGCGCAAAACCAACAGUUACGCGCGGGGCCGGAGGUGACACCCGUCUCCAGGCAACCUGCUCAGACUGAUCGCUCCAUCUCAGCAAACCCGUCAGGUCUGGAAAAUGAGUCUGAGGCACCGGCUGUAUUUCCUGCACUUACUGAGGAAAACAGCAAUGGAGAGGACAUGGUCAAUGACGACCCUCGAAACCCGCUUAAAAACCACAGGAAUUCUGUUUUCUACAACAUGUAUCCGACCAGAGGGAGGUCAGCGGCCCGCACCCUCCGUCCGCCUGGCACAGGGUACGGCACAGGAUAUUUCCAAAACGGACUGCCAGACCUUGUGCCAGACCCAUAUGCCAUCCAAGCAGGUACCUAUGUCCAGCGCAUGCAGAUGUACGCGCUUCGCUGUGCAGCUGAGGAGAACUGUCUGGCCAGAUCGGCUUAUGGACCCACUGUGCGAGACAUCAACUUCAGAGUCCUCCUGCGGUUUCCACAGAAAGUGAAGAACCAAGGCACCGCUGACUUCCUCCCUUUCAAGCCCAGAUAUCAGUGGGACUGGCACAGCUGUCACCAACACUACCACAGCAUGGACGCCUUCAGCAACUACGAUCUGCUGGAUGUUAUCACAGGACGUAAAGUGGCAGAGGGACACAAGGCCAGUUUCUGUCUGGAGGACACGAACUGUGAUCCUGGAUUCAGGCGACGCUACGCCUGUACAGCUCAUACGCAGGGUCUGAGCCCAGGUUGCCAUGACAUCUACGCUGCCAACAUCGACUGUCAGUGGAUUGACAUCACUGAUGUGCCUCCAGGAAACUACAUCUUGAAGGUUACAGUCAAUCCCAAUUUCCACAUCCUGGAGUCAGACUUCAACAACAACGUAGUGAGAUGUGAUAUUACUUACACAGGCGUUUAUGUUCAGACACGCAACUGUCGAAUAACGAGGGGUUGAAAUAUUAAUUUUUCUGGAAACAUGCAGAAGUUUGGCAGUAAGACCCCGUCUGUACUGCACAGGCUCAACGACAUCAGUGAAAAAAGGUUUAUGCAGUUGGUAAAAUGUUGUAUUGUAAUGGUGAGCUGCAUUCCUGCUAUGAAGUCUUGGGGUUGCAUUUAUUCAGAAUAAAUGCAAAAUGAGUUUACACAAACUUUGUAUAUGGAACUAGUGAUGUCAUCAGAAUUACUUGAUUGUGUAUUUCUAGAAAUGUGCUACGAUUGGUUACAAAUUAUGUUUUGGUUUGUUUUUCUUAACAAAUACAAAUACUGUUCGUAGACACGUUUCUUCCUUUAAGUGCUACUUACUCGCUUGAAAUGUGUGUAUUGUUUGUCAUUUGAUGUCGUUGUUAAUGUUUUUUUCUGAUUUUUGUUACUAUUAUGUGCACAUUAUUAACAUCUAGAGUUUUAUUUAACCUUAUAACAUCCACUCUUUUGGGGAAACUCUUUUAGGGAUAAGGUUUAAUGUUGCUCAUUGUCAGCUCCAUAAUUUGUUCUUCCUCUCUACUAGAGGAGUUUUGUGUGAUUACCAGUUCAAAACAAGGUCCCCUGGAUUUCAGCAGUGAUUGGCUGCCCUUCCUUAAACAUCACGUUGGAUCGGGUUGGUCUGCUCACACCCAGAGCCUGAUAUAUUAGGCGUGACCAUAUUAGGGGAAAAAA